GUCGGAAGGUGCCGAAUCGAACGACUCUUUCGAGGGCCUGCGAAGGAAGGCUCGAGUCCGAGCGCUUACGGAUCAGGAAAAGGAACGCAUCGCAGCCUGUGAGAGACCCGGUGACAUGCCCUACGAAGAGCGGAAGCGACAGCUGGCAGCCCUUGAUCGAAGGGUCAAAGGCGAUCCAGACAGCCUACCACCAGGACUCUUAGCGAUGUACAAUGAUGCAUACGGAAGCUCUACGAAGAAGUUCGAGCUGAUGUCGUGGCCCCGGAAACACUUCAUGCUGGACCCCUCCUUCCAAAGCAUGACCGUGGAAGCCAAAUUUAUCGAGGAACACAGCAAGGGCAAGGAGGGUGUCUACGAAGAGCUCCCGCUCUUCGAGCUGGAAAAGAUCUACUGCACUGAGGAGCAAGCCAAGUGGCUGCAGGAGAAGAUCGUGAACUGUCAGGAAGGAAAAGAACACCCCCAGGACCCUGCGAAUCCAAGGGCCCGGAUCUACAAGCACUACAAGAAGGGGGUCGAGAAGACCAAGACCUUGCAAAAGAUUGGAACCGAGGCCAAGAGCAAGGCCGACAUCGGCGACGGCCAAGCCGGGCUUGCAGCCAGGCAGCUUCUCUCGGAGAGCUUGGUGGCUGCCGGUGCCUCUUUCGAUGACUCCUGGGCCGACAGCAAGAGCGCCAAGGGGAAAGGCAAGGGCAAGCGAAAAGGCGAAGGGAAGGGCCCCAAGCAGGUCUCAGAGGAAGAGCAGACAAGAAAAGAAUUGAAAAAGGAUAUAGAUGCUAUUUCUGCUUUGCUGAGCUCCUGCCGAGCCGCCUCUAUGUCUUUGAGUACCCUACCGCACAAUUCCGAGCUGUUGAAGCUGCUGAAAGAGGGUAUGGUCAAGACAAAGGGCCAUCAAGAACACAUCGAGACUUUGAUCUUUAGCGGGAAGUCGGCGCAAGAGGUGGGCGAGUACAUCACCGAGAACAAGGGUGAUUUUGAGGCCUGGUCUCCAAAUCGAAUCACCGUCGACUGA